AUGAAGGCUCUGCUCUUGGCCGUUAACUUCUGUUUGGUUGCUGCUCUGCAGGCCCAGAACUCCUCAUCCCUUGCUUUCAAUGAUGAGAAUUUUUCUGGGAAGUGGUUCAUGAAGGCCUUGGUGUUGGAAGACGAGGUCCUAAUAAACAAGGUCUCUCCCAUAUUUACCUUGGUCCUGAACAACGGGGACAUGGAGUUUUCUAUUACAUAUAUGAUCUAUGGCCAGUGUCUUGAAGUGACCACCAUCUUGGAGAAAGCAGAUGUGCCUGGCCAGUAUACUGCCUUUGAGGGUAAGAUCAACCUGCAGGUGCAGCUCUCUUCUGUGAAAGGCCACUACAUGCUUUACUGUGAUGGAGAGAUGGAGGGGAUGAGCUUCAUGAUGACACAGCUCAUAGGGAGGGACCCCCAGGAAAAUUUGGAGGCCUUGGAGGAAUUUAAGAAGUUCACACAGCUAAAGGGACUUGUACCAGAGAACCUGGUCAUACCCGAGCAGAUGGAAAAAUGUGAAACAGAGAGUUACUAG